AUGAAAAGACAGAGAAACACUCUUGGUCGUAAUGACUGCGAUGCAUCAGAAACUCCUAGUACUAAGAAAAUAAAGCAGAUGGAUGAUGAGUCUUCUGUAAAGACAAAAGAGCGAGAUACUCCUGGUCGUGAUGACUCUGAUGAAUCAAAAACUGCUAUUUUUAAUGAUCCAAUUCAUGGACAUAUUGAACUCCAUCCACUAUUAGUGUCUAUCAUUGAUACACGUCAAUUCCAGCGACUACGUCAUAUCAAACAAUUAGGUGGAGGUUAUUAUGUGUUUCCUGGAGCCUCCCACAACAGAUUUGAACAUAGCUUAGGUGUAAGUUAUUUAGCUGGGGAAUUUGUUGAAAGCUUACAACGUCGUCAAGAAGAGCUUAGAAUAACUGAUAAGGACGUUUUAUGUAUAAAAAUAGCAGGGCUCUGUCAUGAUUUGGGUCAUGGUCCAUUCUCUCACUUGUUUGAUGGACAAUUCAUUCCUUUAAUCAAUAAAUGUUCAACUUGGAAGCAUGAACAAGCCUCUGUUGAUAUGUUGCAGUAUUUAAUAGAUGACAAUGACUUAUGGCCACAGUUUGAGAUAUAUAGUCUAACAAUAAAUGAUCUGAUUUUCAUCAAAGCUUAUGCUGGUCCCAUACAACCCUUUACUCCUCUAAAACAAGACUCCUCUUCUCAUAAUUGGCCUUACCAGGGACGACCAGAAAUAAAAAGUUUUCUUUAUGAAAUUGUUGCUAAUAAAAGAAAUGGAGUAGAUGUUGAUAAAUGGGACUAUUUUGCUAGGGACUGUCAAUGUUUGGGAAUACCCAAUAACUUUGACUGGAGACGUUAUAUGAAAUUUGCUAGAGUUUUAGAAGUUGACAAUAUUUACCAAAUAUGUUGUAGAGAUAAAGGAGUAGUGGAUUUAUAUGAAAUGUUUCAUACUCGAGUUACUUUGCAUCGAAAAGCAUACAAGCACAAAACAGUCAAAAUUGUUGAAAAAAUGAUUACUGAGGCUCUUGUAGAAGCAAAUGAACACCUUUAUCUAAGAGGAAAAGAUGGGAAAAAGAUCAAAAUGUCAGAUGCAAUCUAUGAUAUGGUAGCAUUUACUCAACUAAAUGACACUGUUCUGCAACAAAUUAUGAUGUCAGAAAAUAAAAAACUUACCAAGGCAAAAGAUUUGUUAAGAAAAGUUGAACAAAGAAAGCUUUACAAACUUAUUGGUCAAACACAACUUUCAUUGGAAUCUAAUAUUGUUCUACGGAGCCAGGUCUAA